AAAUAAUAAUAAUCCUAUAACCAGCCCACUGUAUGGCCUAUAGCAUUUACUUAGUAAGUAUAUUAUUAAUAUUAUUUUACAAAUAAAUAUUUAUAAAGAAAUGAUUCACCUUCCCUUUGAAGGGAUCUCAACACUCUGAACACAUUUGAAGUCUGCACAGCUAGUACUUAACUCCUAACACUGUUUGCUCUUCAUUUUUCAUUAUCAGCCUCAUCUCCCUGGUUGGAAUAGAUGAGACUAUAAGGCUUUUGAUGACAAUGAUAAUGUCAUAAUGAUGCGCCCUCCACAGAAAAUCUGGCACGGUGGUUAAAGUAAAUAAUAAAUAUUUAAUUAGCAAGAAACCUGUCUCGUCUCCAUAUGUUCUGGCAUUCAUGUGUCAGACACAAAGGAACACAAAAGGAAGAUCAAAAAAUCCUAACGUUGACAUCAAAGAGGAAGUCUACCCUUGAGUUUAGAUCUUUGUGACACACAAUGUGAUGCUGGCAGUGGCAGAGGUAGUAAUCUUUAUUUCGUCAUUUCUGAAACAUAGGAAGCAAACAUAGUAACGGAAGCAAAUGAAGUGCUCAGUCCUAAACAAUUGCGUCUUAUGACCGGGCGUUUUCUUGAAAGGGGAUGACAGCAUGGGAGGAAAUAACUCCACACCUAAACCCGUCACUGAAAGACAAGACAAUCUCUCCACAGCAGCCCCAACAACUAGCUCUGUACCCUGUCUCUCCAACCACCGCAACAAAGAACAUUUAAUCCUUGCCUUUUGUGUUGGGGUUCUACUGACGCUGCUGCUGAUGGCCUUUAUCUUCCUCAUCAUAAAGAGCUACAGAAAAUGUCACCCCAAGCCCCAAGCCCUGGAUCCUCACACAGAUCCUCCGGCCAUGCUUUCAUCCAUCCCAGAGGAAUCCCUUGCCUGUGCUAACAUGACUUUCAAACACUCAGAAGAAAAGAGCAAUCACUCGGCUGAGAACCGUUCUGCAGACUUCGACCCCAUUGUCUAUGCUCAAAUUAUCGUAAAGAACUGACCCGGCUUUUCCAAUGACACUUGAAUCCACUUCCUCUCCUCUCAGCUCCAUCUUCACACAUCACUUUCCCUUUUUUACAAAUGUUGGACCAACACCCAGAUAAAACCGCAGUCGGAGUUGUUUAGGUGUGAUCUGGCAAUGCUGUCUAGCAGCUUUGAAGACCAAUGGUCAGUCUUUUCCUGGACAGAGAAAAGACGGAUGACCCUCCCACUUGAAAUGACAGCCUCUGAGGCCGUUGGGGGCAUAGACUGCCUUCCUUGUACCCUUCCAAAGUGUGCGGUACGGAGCUCAGUGAACAGAUAUUUGCCCAGUAUCAUGAAUCAGCUUGGGAGGAGUCAACCAAAUGAACAAUCUACCAGGAAUUCCAAAUAAAAGCAACCCCCC